AUGGAGGGCGUUGGUUUCUCUGGCGGCUUUCAGCUGCCCAUACAGCGGCGUCUGAGCCGUCUGUAUAAUGACACAAAAAAGUCGUCCGACUUUGUCAAGGAGCCCAUUCGCCACAGUGAGGACCCCGAGAUUAAGUCGCUGCACCGAAAGCUGCGUAUCCAAAAAGACCGUUUCAUGAGCUGGGGCCUGGAAUGGUCAGAUCCAAACCAGUCCGCCGAGAUUGACACCUCUCUCUCCAAGGCUGGUGUGAGCGAAAUUGUCGGAAGCAUCCUGUCCACUAUCAAGGACACCUUGGCAGAGCUGGAUGCCUUAUGGAAGGCCUACGAGAAACAGAACGGCGGCGGCGGCGUCUCGGAAAAGUCAAAGGGCGACCUCAAAACCCCCUUUGUAACCUGGGACAAGGCCCGCUUCGCCGAUUACACCGCGGAUCUCACACAAUCCGUCGACACUCUUUACGAUCUUUCCAGAACCCGCGCCUCCGCCGCCAUGACUUCAGGCUCCCGCUCACGGCUCCAGAGGCCCCUGGCUGCCAUUGAGGAGAGCAAAGCGUUUGAGUCCACUCGCAUGCAAACUCCUCAGCAGAUUGAUCCGUCAACUCUCACCAACAUUCGGUCUAUGCAGGCUGAGCCCAUGACCGAAUCCAGAGCCAACUUACCCCCGCGAGAUAUCGUCUUUAUGAGCAAGCAGGCCUGGGCAGAUUUGGCCCAGCAUAUUGGCCGUCAGCCCUUCGCUCCUUUGCUUCUAGAAUUCGCAGCUUUUGACUCCAUCUAUUCGAUCACGGGCAUCAUGCCCCCCAUGGCACGAUUCGAGAAGCUGUCGUCAGGAUUGCAGCAGGAGUCCCAAAGAGCCCCGGGCGCCUGGAUCGGUCUGCCGAGGUUGCUUGGCUACUUUGAGGACUUGGAGAACUCCCGGCUUGGUCUCGUCUACCACUUCCCCCCGACCUUCAACGCGGUUUCUUUUGAGAACUUUACUCAGAACCCCCUUUAUAACCUCUGCACACUGGGAGAUCUUCUCUCACGCCCUGAUUUCGAGCCAACACUAGAGGCCAAAUUCCGCCUCGCCCACAACCUUACCAACACUGUAUUUGAUCUACACGCUCGCGGUAUAACCCACGGAAGCCUCGUCGACAAGAAUGUAUCCUUCUGCAACAUGGCUACUCCGGACUUGACCACCGGCGUCGGCGAGGUCGACGUCCGCCGGCCCAUGAUUUCGUCAUUCGAUCUGUUCCCAGACGCGCCCCCUGACCAGGAGCCGGCCUCUCCAUCUCUUCCACUGUUUAGACAUCCCCUCGACCCGCGAACUACCCCGGCAUCCCCAAUCAACGACAAGACUGAUUCUCGCAUUCUCGACCUUUACUCUCUAGCCAUGAUCCUGCUCUCUGUAGGAUUGUGGACUAAGCUGGAGAACCUCGUCCCUGACCCUUCUCAGCCGAUUUCCGAGAACGUAUUGGAGCAGCUCGCAAUUCGUUGCGGUACUCUUUACAUGAAGGCUGUUCAGACCUGCUGGAAUGCCGUUGAUCAAGAGCUCCAAGGAAAGGUAACCGGCGAAGAUCUUUUGUCGAAUGUGCAAGUCAAGACGAGCCGCUACCUCGAGGCAUGCUGCAUCCUCGACGGCGUCAGCGCUCUUGAUGACCGUCUCAGCUUAGACCUUGGCGAAAGAACAAUCUCCCCUGCAGCUGAAUCCCCUAGGCAAAGCAUUUCCGGUCCCUCCAAAGACACCAAAACAGCCUCGAACCCGCCUGUCGAUACCCGCCGCCCGUCAUACGACAUCAAGGUCCCGAUUCCCGACCCGAGCCCCGCACGUUCGUAUCCAUCAGCCGAGGAAGAGAAGCGACAACUCGCAAAGAGGGACGCCGAUGAAGCUGCCGCAGCGAAGCCGGCUGAGCUGCCUGCGGAGUCGAAGCCAGCCAAACCACAGUCUCCCAAAACGCGGCUUUACCCUCAGAUACCACUACCAGCUGACGCCAUCGAGAAGUGGAAUACGAUUGUGAUGCCCCAGGUCAACCAGGCACUGCGCCACUUCUACCGAAAGCACAGCGAAGAGUCGGUUGAAAUCUCUCUCGAAUCCAUCGGCAGCUCUCCACAGAAGACACAGCCCACGGUACUGGUCGUGUGCACCUCUGUGAGCAAGGUUAAAUCCAUUCUCACCCGUAAACUCGGCCAGCUGUUUGACGGAAAGUCUGGAUUCGGUUUGAAGGUCUGCAAAGGCCAGGUGCUGAGGUCAAGGAAGGAGCCAGGCGAGGUUAAGAGGAGCGCUGCCCAUGACGAGGACGAUGAGGACGAGGUGAAGGCCGCCAACCCCGACUUUCAGGAGCGCCCGACCAACGGUGCAAGCAUCGGUGCCUGGGUCGGUGACCGCCACCUGCCGCCAGUCAGUCUUGGCGGACUCGUCGUUGUGGAUGAUAAGCCGUAUGGUAUGACGGUGCAUCAUAUGCUGGACGAUCCAGUGGAGAUUGCAAAGCACGCAAAGGAGCAGGACAUUACACAUCGAAGCAUGGCCCAGCCGACGGACGACAUUCGAUUUGAUUGGUAUGCAGAAUCGUCGGCUGAGAGCAGCAACGGCGAGGAUUUUGCGUGUGAGUUUUCUGACUCGGAGUCUGAGGCAUACUCGGACACGGACAUUACUAGUGAAGAUUCAGAGGAGGAGGAAAGUGACGAGGAGGGGGAAUACGACCAGCCCGGUGAUAUCCCAGGAGUUGAGCCGGGCUGUGGCGACGGGUACAUCAUCACGCAACCCGCUAUGGACGAUGUGGAGGAGGACUUUUACCCUUCGGAAGAAACGGCCAACGAGGACCAUCUGGACAGUUUUACUCUGGGAGAGGUCUAUGCGUCCAGUGGCCUGAGGCGUAGGGAACAGAAUGGACUGAUUCAUGAAAUUGACUGGGCUCUAUUCGAGUUCCACGACGAACGACUACCGGACGAGAAUUCGAUCCCGAGAAUACGAACCAGGCCAUCGUCGCUUCUCACUGGGAAGCGCCCGUCGCACGAGGCAAUGGACCUUCACCCCACAACCGUAGCACCGACCUCUGCGCUACCCGGAAUGGAGGUCCAGUGCAUGGCGCGCACCAGUGGUCUGCAGACAGGACUAAUCCUUCCCGCGCUGACGAGCGUCAAGAUUUCUGGGCGUAUCACGCCCAGUCACACUUACCAGGUCAGCAGCGCCGCAGCCGAGACUCCCGCGGAGCUCAGCAGAGGCGGCAGGAAGCUGGCGAUGGGAAUCCCCGGUGACAGCGGCGCGUGGGUUGUUGAACGCGCACACGGGCGCGUAUGCGGGCACGUUCUUGCGUGGAGCGGACGGAAGCGCGUCGCGUAUAUCUGUCCGAUGGACGUACUCCUUCUCGACAUCGCAGAGACACUGGAGGCGCGUACAGUGGGACUUCCCGGCGGCGAGGCGGUCGUCAAGAUCCGGGACCCGAACGAACAAGAAGAAGACGAAGACGAUUAUGGAGGCGACACAGAAGAACCUUCGUCGUCGCCAUUUUUAGAUCCACGAGAUGAUGACGAUUUGAAUGAGGUGCUGGAGGAAGGGGACGACGACGCACCGGUUCUGGUGCAAGCGCCCGAGAGCUCACGGCAGGGAGACAAACAAGGGGAAGGGCAGCAGAAAAAACAGCAUGGGCAGGAAAAGUAUGCUUCGGAUGACAGUCAUGAACUUUCGCGCAGGAUGGAGUCUAUGGGCAUCGGACGGAGUCGCGUGGGCAUUGGCAUGUGUAGCUGA